UCUGAAAUCAUGCUGCUUCAGAAAGAAUGGGGGUGUAGUUUGCUCUGAAUCAAUGAUGGGUUAUGAUUAAUGACUCAUGGCACAUUUUAUAUGAUCAAGUUCACUUUUAAUUGAUUUUGAAUUGCUUACUUAUUUGUUGUGUGCCGUGUCUAAUCAGCAUUUUUAAACAACUGUUACUCUUCGUUUGCAUUUGUUGAGUCUCCUCCGGCUAUGAGUUGGUUAGGGCUGGCUGCUGGUAUUUGUUCAUGCACUAUGGCAAAACAUCAUUCAGAUUUUCACAGCAAUAUGCCAUUUGACAUCUGUCACAGACACUUCUUGAAAGCAUGAACAUGAAUCAGUAGCUGUAGCUUUUCGUCUAGUCUGGAGUUUUCGUGCUUGAUACCGAUCACUGCAAUAAGAUGCUGGAUGCAUUGCACCCAAGAAAGUCAGCGGCUGAAAUUUAGCGUUUCAGAAACGUUCAGAAAUGUAUUUUUUGACACACUCUGUUAUUAAAAUGUAUCUUUUAGAGCUUCUUCUAAUGGAUCUUCGUAUAGAUCAAAGUUAGAUGGCAUCCAGUUAAUUCCUGGAACAAGGCUUUUCCUAUCCCAUUUUGUUGCGUGUCGCAUAACAAGCAUUUAUGGGAGGAAAACUCUGCUCUGGUAUUGCUCUGGUGUUGGCGCCCGAACUGAGUGACUCAAACCCAUCUUGUGUGUCUGAUUUUUAUUUUAUUUGUUCAUUUUUUUCCCCCUUUCCCCUCUGGAUGAGAAGGCUUUCUGAUUGUUUCCUUUCCAGCACUUACCCGCUGUUUCGAUCAGUUGCGAAAGCCGUGUCCAGGCCUGAUUUGUCUGGAAUGAGGUCAUGGAAGAAGCCGGGGAGGUCUUUGUGGCCCGAAAGGACUACUCGUUACCUGUGGGCAAUCACACGGCUAAUUCUGGGCUCGCCCCUUUCAGACCGAGACAAGAAGAGGUCUGCCAUGCCUGGUUCUCCUGUGGAUGUCAAAGCUCAUUCCAGACCAGCGCCUUCUGCUAUGCCCCCUCUGCCCUCUGCCAACCCCAGCGGGCCUCGCCCCGUCUCCUUCCCUUCUGCCACACUGACCAAUGGGAUUAAUAACUCCCCACCUACUUUGAAUGCAGUUCCCUCCCCGCCCCAGCACUAUAGCAACGGGCCGGCGUCAUCCUCAUCAUCUCUGGCCAAUCAGCAGCUGCCCGCCACCUGCGGGGCCCGGCAGCUCAGCAAGCUGAAGCGUUUCCUGACGACGCUGCAGCAGUUCGGGAGCGACAUCUCGCCGGAGAUCGGGGAGAGCGUGCGCAGCUUGGUGCUGGCGCUGGUGAACUCCACCGUCACCAUCGAGGAAUUUCACUCCAGACUACAGGAGGCGACUAACUUCCCCCUGCGGCCGUUCGUCAUCCCCUUCCUAAAGGCCAACCUACCCCUCCUGCAGAGGGAGCUCUUGCACUGCGCCCGGGCCGCCAAGCAGACGCCCGCCCAGUACCUCUCUCAGCAUGAGCACCUGCUGCUCAGCACCACACUGGCAUCGCCGUCCGACUCCUCGGAGCUGCUCCUGGGGCCCGGCGAGAACGCCAAGAGACACAGCCCCAGCACGGCUAAAGAGAAUGGCUUUCACGAGAGGCCCCCAGGUCCCCUGGAACCCCCUGCUAAGCGCAUCUGCACCAUCAGCCCCGCCCCCAGGCACAGCCCUGCCCACCCCCUGCCUCUGACUGGCCAGCUGCACCCGACGCCCCCGCCCCUGCAGCACUACGCCCUGGAGGACAUAGCUGUACCACACCUGUAUCGCGAGCCCCAGAGGCUGCUGGAGCUGCGAGACCUCAAGGACAGGCCGCGCCUCUCAGGCACCAACGGAGCCUUCCGCGAGGAGCCCGUGGACCACAGGCUGACGGAGAGAGAGUGGUCAGAUGAGUGGAGGCACCUCGAUCACGUGCUGAACUGCAUCGUGGACAUGGUGGAGAAGACGCGCCGCUCAGUCAGCGUGCUCCGCCGCUGUCAGGAGGCCGACCGGCAGGAGCUGCACUAUUGGAGGAGGCGCUCCAGUGAGCAGGAGGAGGCCGGGAAGAGCGGCUCCAGCUUCCCCAAAGCCCAGAGCCCGCGGCUGGGUGAGGGAGGACAGACCGAAAACCAGAGAGACUUUGUGCUGAGGCUUGGCUCUGCGUACGUGCCGGACGAGAUUUGGAGGAAAGCUGAGGAGGCUGUCAAUGAAGUGAAGCGGCAGGCAAUGGACGAGGUCCAGAAGGCGGUGGCUGAGGCCGAGCAGAAAGCCUUCGAGAUGAUCGCUGCCGAGAGGGCCAAGAUGGAGAGGACCCUCGCCGAGGCCAAGAGGAAGGCCACCGAGGACGCCUUCCAGGUCAUCAACGAGCAGGAAGACUCCAGCGAGUGCUGCUGGAACUGCGGGCGCAAGGCCAGCGAGACGUGCAGCGGCUGCAACGCUGCGCGCUACUGCGGUUCCUUCUGCCAGCACAAGGACUGGGAGAGACACCACCUAAUCUGCAGCCCGGGCCUGCAGGCCCAGCCCAAGGCCCACUCCACUGCGGCUGCCAGGGCGACCGGGAAGGCUGACAGUGCCCCCACGCCCAGCCCUGGCACAGAGAAGGUUCCGGUCACUUCCAGAUCCUCUACUCCAACACCUGUUCCUGCUCCUGAGACCAAUGGACACUAAUUCAAGUCUGGACAUCCAACAGGACCUGACCAACAAGGAUAUUCAGCUAUCCACCAUUGUGGUCAAAAGGAGCUUAAAUGGGUUCUGGAUCCAGGAUUUUGAAAAUCCAGUUUUAAAAAACAGACUGUGAUCCCUCUUAAGACUAGGAAGAGGGGACCCUCCAUCCUCUGUUGGACACAUGGAUGAGUCAGUGUCUCUAUCUCGUCUGUGGAAAAAAAAAUCUAGAUUCUGGGCAAACUGAAACACGGGACUGAUAACGACACAAGGUUUGAAUUUUCACGUAAAAAUCCUUCCGCAUCUGAAGCUGUAACGUUAAGAACUUCCAUCAGGGUUUCCCUUCGUAUGGUCACUGCAUAUUCCACAUAUCAGCUUUAUCGUUUGUAUAUAUUGCUGAGAGAAUUAAAUCAACUUGAUGCUGGCCUUAUAAUUGCAUCUAUAUUGACCAUGCAUAUUUCACUGAAAAUGAUACAGAUUCUGUACUUAUCUUUCAAAAUGAUAAUCUGUCAUUCAUAUCGUAUGUCCUCAAAGAGUUACCUUUGGUUUCCCCAUAUCCUGUGUUUGUUUUUAAAUCAGUGGUCGCUCCGGAGAUUAACUGGACAUAACUACCCUAAUGCUAAAUAUUAUUAUGCUUCAGAGAUUACUAUAUUCAGGUAUACAAAGUAAGUUUAUGCCACCGAAAUAUUCUGGUAUGUUUUUCGUACCUGCAUGUUGCCACACGCAUCAGAAAUACAGAAACACCUUACCUUAUGUUGAUAUUAUGUGAAGUUGUGUUCAGUUGUGCACAAAAAAUGCUCACUGCCGGGAAAAUGACAUGGGAAUGAUGUACAACACAACUGGCCAAGCUAACUGUUCGAAGAACCAGGUCAGAAAUUUUAUUUUUAAAACGGUACCACUUUACUUUUUUUGUUGUUGUAUUUUUCACAGUUUUAUUGAUCUCAGGAGGAUAUUGUACAUUUGGUUUUGUUUAUUUCACUGUUAAAUAAAAUAAAAAAAUAUAGAAUGUC